CCUGAUUGUGCGGAGAGCUUGUGGACGGAAGAAAGAGGCGCGCGUGCGCGAGAGAGGAGCCGAGGCAAAGAGAAGGACCAAUUGAGAGUGCCCUCUUCAGCCAACCAUGAUUGUCUUACCGCCGGGUCUGACAGAGGAAGAGGAGGCUCUGCAGAAGAAAUUUGCCAAGCUCAAGAAAAAGAAAAAAGCCCUUGUGGCCUUGAAGAAACAGCAGAGCUCGACCAGUCAAGCCAGCCAGGGUGGAAUUAAACGCUCCAUCUCGGACCAGCCGGUUGUGGACACGGCCACCGCAACGGAGCAGGCCAAGAUGCUGGUGAAAACCGGGGCGAUCAGUGCCAUUAAAGCCGAGAACAAGAACUCGGGGUUCAAGCGCUCUCGCGUUCUGGAGGGAAAGCUGAAGGAUCCUAAAAAAGGGGCCGCCCCGACUUUCCAGCCUUUUCAGCGGAGCAUCUCGGCAGAUGACGAUUCUCAAGAGUCACGGCGUCCCCAGAGGAAGUCUCUGUAUGAAAGCUUUGUGAGUUCCAGCGAUCAGCCGCGGGAUCCGGAGAAGGAUCCAGAACCCAGCAGGGAUCCAGACAAGGAUUCGGACCAGAGCGAAAACCCGCGUGGUUACGAGUGGAAUUAUGACCAGGAUCACAGCCGGGAUAGGAGCAGGGACCGGGAGAGAGACCGAGACCGGGAGCGUGACAGAGACCGGGACCGGGAGAGAGACCGAGACCGGGAGCGUGACAGAGAUGGAAGCUUCCGCUGUUCAGAUUCUUUUCCAGACCGUUGGACUCCGCGCAAAGGGAACACGGUGUACGUAUCCGGAGCAGAUAUGAACCAGAACAUGCUGCGUACGGCCUUCUCUGCUUUUGGGAACAUCAUUGACCUCUCCAUGGACAACCCCCGCAACUGUGCAUUCGUCACCUAUGAGAAGAUUGAGUCUGCGGAUCAGGCCAUCACUGAGCUUAACGGUGCCGUCGUAGAAGACGUCCAGCUGAAGGUCAGCAUCGCUCGCAAGCAGCCUAUGUUGGAUGUGGCCACUGGCAAGUCAGUCUGGGGAUCACUUGCCGUGAAUUACAGUUCCAAGGGGUCCCAUCGUGACAAGCGGUCCCAGGUGGUCUACAGUGAGGAUCUCUUCUGAAGCGUACCAGGCAAUCUCCGCU